AUGUGGCUCACGGUCCUGACUGCGGAGCAGACCCUCCUAAGGAGCUUUCAGAAGCAUGCCAUCUGGUCCCACCACCAGCCAGCGGAGUGGGAACCCCUGGGAGCAGGGCACAAGCCCUGGGUGGCCAUCCUCUAUCAGAGAGAGCUAUCAGACUGCAAGGAAGAGAUGAAAUGGCUGCCAGCCGUCCCCGGACGAAGAACUGGAGAAGUCUGCCCAGGAGGCUCCCGCGACCUCGGAAUUAUGGAAAGCGAGCAGGACUGUGGGUUCAUGAUUUUGUUACGAAACCAAGACAUCACAAAUGCACUCGUAAAACAAAAGUGUUUAGAUUAG